GUCCAAUCAGCUGACCACAGUUGGCGCGAAAAUUCGGCGUGGUUUGGACUUCAAGAUGGCGCAGGCAAGAGUCACUGAAUUUUACUCUUCGCGUAAAAGAUCUGUAGUGCAGCAAUCUUCGAAGCGCAGGAAGGUCCAGCGCUUGGGAAAUGUCAGCCAGGAAUCUGAAGCGUUGGAGAAAGAGGUAGAUGUGGCGCCAAAGACGCGCACUAGAGCUAGAGUUGCGUUGUCGUUCGCCCCUUCCGAAGUUGAAAAGGGUGACCCCAAAAUGGCCGCUGCCGUCUUUGCUGAAGAAACGACGCCCAGAACCAAACCUAUGCAGGGCACCCAAUCCAGGAGGAAGACAACACAGAAGUCUACUACCCGGAAAACUAGACAGACAGCACGCAAAAAUUUAGAGAGGAGUCUAGAAGACACAACUAUCGAGAAAGCGUUCGAGUUUGUAGAUCAGAAGAAAGACAGCUCAAGUGUCCAGUCCGCAGACUGUACAGAAGAUGCAGCCAAGAUGUCUGACAAAGCUGCUGACAAGACAGGUCCAACAGCACCCUGCACACCCACCAAGAGAGGGGCAGACAAGAGCACCAGCUCCGAAACUCUCCGGAAAAGGAAGAAGAUGGCUUCAACUACCACAGAGGCCACACUGUUUGACUGUAUGAAGUUUGUAGAUCAGAAGAAACACAGCCAAAGUGUCCAGUCCGCAGACUGUAAAGAAGAUGCAGCCAAGGUGUGUGACAAAGCUGCUGACAAGAUAGCUACAUCAGCACCCUGCACGCCCACCAAGAGAGGGGCAGACAAGAGCACCAGCUCCGAAACUCUCCGGAAAAGGAAGAAGAUGGCUUCAACUACCACUGAGGCCACAUUGUUUGACUGCAUGAAGGAAGGAACUCCGAAAAAGGGCUUCACGUUCAAGUUGGAUGAGUCAAGUGGAGAGGAGGAACAGAAGUGCAUUAGGGUGCCAGCCAGGAGGAAAUUGACAAUGAAGAGAGGGAAGAAAAAGACCAACGAAGCAGACAACACAGCUUCAGAGACAGUUCCAGACAGUGCACAGAAACCAGAGGUUGUCCAGUCUUCACCACAAAAGUCCCGAGGCAAGGCUAAAAAACAACAGGUUGUAAAAACAGUGAAAAGUGACGUUCAGAACAAAAAGUCAUCAGAAACCACCAAAGAAGAGAGCAGGCUGGAAGAUGGUAGUAAGGGAGUAACACUAACAGACACCCCCCCAGUCCAAACAACACAGCAGCCCAGUACCCCCCUGGCCAAGCCCAAGCGACCCAUGGUGACCAUGACCCCCUCCCCCUGUACCCCCUCCCCUGGAGGCAGCAGGACCCCCCUGAGUGACAGGGUGAGAGAAGCCAUCAGACAGGGCAGUCUGACAUCCAGUCCGAAACUCACCUCACCAGUCAAAAAGGAGAAGAACUGA